AUGACGGAAUUAGCGGUUCAGAAACACAUUGAUUAUGUGGUGAAUCUUAACAAACAUACCAGGGACUAUGAAUAUUGGUUGACUGAGCACCUACGAUUGAAUGGACUAUAUUGGGGGUUGACUGCUCUUUUCAUGUUGAAUGCACCGGAUGUGCUUGAUAAGAAAGACAUAGUAAAAUAUGUAUUGAGUUGUAGAGAUUCUAGAAGCGGGGCAUUUGGAGCUUUCCCUAAACAUGAUGGUCACUUAUUACUGACAUUAUCGGGCUUGCAGAUUUUGGUGAUGUUGGGAGAAUUGGAUACCGCAUUAACUGAUGAGGAUAAAUCGGGUAUUAUUAAAUUCAUCAAGGAUAAUCAAUUGCCUGAUGGAUCAUUCCAGGGUGAUAAAUACGGGGAAAUUGACACCAGAUUCGUGUAUAACGCCAUUUCUUCCCUCUCUCUUUUGGGUGAGCUUACGGACGAUGUUGUUGAACCGGCAGUGAAAUUCAUUUUACGGUGUCAGAACUUUGAUGGAGGUUUUGGUCUUGUUCCAGGAGCUGAAAGUCAUGCAGCACAAAUAUUCACAUGUUUGGGUAGUCUCGCAAUUGCUGACAGAUUGCAUUAUCUUUCUGAAGAAAAACAAGAGCUUUUGGCUUGGUGGUUAAGUGAGCGCCAACAGGACAGUUUCAACAAUUCCAAAGAAUUCGAAGGAGGUCUUAAUGGCCGUCCAGAAAAGCUUCCUGAUGUCUGCUAUAGUUGGUGGGUGCUUUCAUCACUAUCCAUCUUAAAAAGGGUUGAAUGGAUCGAUAAAGACAAAUUGAGACGGUUUAUUCUUUCUUCUCAAGAUCUUGAAACUGGGGGAAUUAGCGAUAGACCGGACAACCAAGUGGAUGUAUUUCAUACUGUAUUUGGUCUUGCUGGAUUAAGUCUAACUGGACAUCCAGGAUUGGACGCAAUUGAUCCUGUUUACUGUAUGCCAGUGUCUAUCACUUCCAGUCUUAAAAAGUGGAAGAAUUGA